AUGACAACAUCCAAGAAAGCCAUCAACAUUCCGAAGUACUCGGGAGCACCCGAGGACGUCUCCUUUGACAAGUGGCUCCGGCUCUUCGAGGUGAAGACUGCAGCCGCUGCAUGGACGGAGCGAGACAAGCUGUGCAAUUUCUCCGAUUACCUUGAAGGUAAGGCCUUCCGAUGGACGUACAGGACGUGUGUACGUAGCACCAUGGUGGGAAACAUCGCCAUUGAUGAAGGCACCCUCAUCAGAAUCCCAAUUUUUUCUAUUCAACAUGACGAAAAAUAUUUUCCAGAUCCUGAGGUGUUCGACCCUGAGAGGUUCUUAGGCAAGAACAAAGAGCGGGUCGUGCCCUUUAGCUUCCUGCCUUUUGGUGAAGGACCCAGGCAGUGUGUCGGCAUGAAGUUCGCCUCAAUGAACGUCAAGCUUGGCCUUUUCCACGUCCUUUCAAGGUUCUCAUUCGAAACGUCCUCUGAGACACAGAUUCCUCCGAAGUACCAACCGAGCAUCCUUCUUCUCCUGCCUUGCGACGUAAAGCUCAGAGUUAUCGACAGAAAGAGCCAGUAGGGUGUAACCACAGAAGAGCCAGAGUGACCACGGACUAGUGUGAUGAAAAUAAA